AAUCGCCAGUCCCAGACGACCCAGACCCCAGACACAUGGUCGACGCACCCACGUUGUCUUGUUUUGAUUUUUGAUUCAACAAGAAUUGAGAAUCCUGAGCACUAAGCCGCCCUGAGACAAAUUUCAGUCCUUUAUCGGCCCAUCGCCUUCCUCACCAUCAAAAUGGGUCGCAGCAGGAAAAGCAAGAUGCACAAACGGAAGGCUCGUCCGGAAAAAGCACCGAAUCCAGAAAAAAGAGGAUCCUACAACGAAAUUAUCAAGGGCAAUGCCGGCUUCGAGCAGUAUUACAAGGCGCAGAACCUUUGCCCUGAGUCUGAGUUUGGGAGCUUCAUGGAAGCCAUGCUGGAAGACCUUCCAGCCGCCUUCCGCAUUACCGGCUGUCGAGGCCAGGAAACCGGCCUCCUAAGGUGCAUUGAGGAGAAGCUGCAAGAGGGCAAAAUCGACGCCUUUGCUCUGCCGUGGUACCCGAGGAAGCUGGCGUGGCAGCUGAACCUGACGCGGAGGGACAUCCGCAGGUCAGAGGCCAACUUUCGGCUGCACAACUUCCUGGUUGGAGAGACGGAGGCUGGUUUUGUUAGUCGGCAAGAGGUGGUCAGCAUGAUUCCGCCACUGGCCCUGGACGUGCAGCCUCACCACAAGGUGCUGGACAUGUGUGCCGCCCCAGGUUCCAAGACGGCCCAGCUGAUUGAGGCACUGCAUGCCGAUGGCCUCGCCCUUCCCUCGGGGUUGGUGGUGGCAAACGACGCCGACAACAAGCGCUGCUACAUGUUGGUCCACCAGGCUAAGAGGCUCAGCUCGCCUUGUCUGCUGGUCACCAACCACGAUGCCUCCGCCAUGCCUAAUUUCCAACUUGUUAAGGAUGGAAAGGAGUGUGUGAUGAAGUUUGACCGGAUUUUGUGCGACGUUCCCUGCUCAGGUGACGGCACCCUGAGGAAGAACCCUGACGGCUGGGUCAAGUGGCACCCUGGCAAUGGCAACAAUCUCCAUGGCAUGCAGUACCGCAUCCUGAAACGAGGAGCCGAGAUGCUGCAGGUUGGCGGACGACUCGUCUACUCGACAUGCACCUUCAACCCUGUAGAGAAUGAGGCCGUGGUUGCCAGGAUGCUCUCUGAGUCUGACGGCGCCCUAACCCUGGCUGAAAUUAACUUGCCAGGACUUAAAAGCAACCCUGGACUUAAUAAAUGGACUCCCAUGGCCAAGAAUUUGGAGGCAUUUGAAUCUUUUGAUAAGGUCCCUGAGUCAAUGCACACGCAGUUGAGGCCCCACUUAUUCCCACCUUCCGAGGAAGCUGCCAAAGGAUUGCACCUCGAAAGGUGUCUUCGAAUUCUGCCACACCUUCAGAACACAGGUGGUUUCUUUGUGGCCGUCCUUGAGAAGCACAAACCUCUUCCCUGGGAGUCUGCAACCAGGGUGACCGAAAACCCAGAACCUGCCGAGGUCAAGCAGGAGGAGCCAGCAAAGAAGAAGAGGAAAAUAUUCGGCUUCAAGGAGGACCCAUUCUUCUACCUGGCCGAUGAUGACGAGACUUGGCCUUCGAUAAAAGAUUACUACAAAAUCGACUCGAAUCUUUUCCCUUCUGUACUUCUAUCCAGGACCCUUGAGGGGAAGAAGAAGAACAUAUACAUGACCAAUGAAGCAGUCAGGGAGAUUGUCUCACAGAAUCAAGAGAAACUCAAAAUCAUCAACACCGGGAUCAAGGUUUUUGCCAGAUGCAGCAACCUGGAAAUGAAGUGCGAGUACAGACUGGCUCAGGAGGGUCUGCCUAGCAUCCAGGCUCUCAUUCAGGAUCGAAUUGUCCACGUGGGCAGAGAGGAUAUGGUGAAGCUGCUUGAGAACGAGAGCGGCACCCUUCCUCCCAAAAUCGAAGAGUUCUCCCCCGAUUUGUUUGAAAAACUGAAGGAAUUUAAGUCGGGUAGCUGCAUUUUAAAAUUCCAAGAGGGCGACCUCGAGUUCCACUUAGUUGGCUGGCGAGGAAAAGUCUCGGCCAGGGUCUACAUUGCUAAAAGUGAGAGAAUCCACUUCAUGAGAUUGCUUGGCGCAGAUGUUUCACAAUUUGAAGUGAAUAAAUUUGAAGCAAAAGUUAACCUGGAAGAGGAAAAAGAAACCGAAGGAAAUGAUAACAUGGAAAAAGUAAAAGAAGAGACGCCUGUUUAGACUUAUAAUUUUAGUUUUAAUAAAAAAACCAUUUUUGUUUCACAAAGACAAAGCAG